AGUGUGCCCAGUCGUGUUUAGGUUUUUAUGGCAAUAUGGAUGUGCUAUAAUUUAAAUUACAUGUUGGGAACGUCAACAAAAACAUAUGCCACGACCUUAAAAAAUAAGUUUUGACGAAAAAAAAGCGCUAGCGCAGAAACCGAUUAGUUUUUUUUUUACCGGAAAUACCAUCAAAAUUCAUAGCAGCCUCCAGAAAGUCAGAGACAGGUGGUAAAAUAGCUUGCCGUUAGAGUGACGUGGACCUGGGGGACAUUUGUUGUUAUUUCGUUUUUACCUGUUUAGUGAUUAGUAAAACAGCAUGUCUGCGGUACGUCGAAAGGCGCCCGGCAGCGAUGCCGACCAGGAGCUGCUCAUCGAGGACACUUCAAAGUCGCACAAGGACAAAGAGGACCAAAAGCCCGAUUUACGCGGAGAUCGUAGGAACAUAGCCAUCCUGCUGUUCCUGUACAUCCUUCAAGGCAUUCCCAUUGGCCUCAUUGGCGCCAUUCCCAUGCUCCUCCAGAAUCGAGGAUCAAGCUACAAGCAGCAGGCAGAGUUUUCCUUCGCCAAUUGGCCCUUUAGCCUGAAGCUGUUGUGGGCCCCGAUUGUAGACUCGCUGUAUGUGCGCCGCUUUGGACGUCGGAAAUCCUGGUUGGUGCCGGUGCAGUACCUUCUGGGUGCCUUUAUGCUGCUCCUAUCGCUUCACGUGGACCGCUGGCUGGGCGGAAAUGGCGUAGAACCGAAUGUACCACUGCUGACCUUGCUCUUCUUCCUGCUGAACUUCCUGGCCGCCACCCAGGACAUUGCCGUCGAUGGCUGGGCCUUGACCAUGCUCAAGCGGUGCAAUGUGGGCCAUGCCUCCACUUGUAAUAGUGUUGGCCAAACUGCUGGCUACUUCCUGGGCUAUGUGGUCUUCAUUGCCUUGGAGUCUAAGGACUUUUGCAACACCUACUUGCGGGAUGUGCCCAUGGAUGAGGGAUUUGUGACACUGCCGCGCUUCCUUUGGUUUUGGGGCAUCACUUUUGUGGUGGCCACCACUCUGGUGGCUAUCUUCAAGAAGGAGAACGACAUUGAGGAUGCCCACAUGGACGCUCGGUACACGGAGGAGCAUGAGCUGAAUAUCCACCAGAGCUAUAAGAUCCUAUGGGACAUGGUUCGCAUGCGACCAGUGCAAAUCCUGGCUGCAAUCCUGCUCACCGUUAAGGUCACGUUCACUGCCUGUGAUGCAGUCACUAGCCUUAAGCUGAUUGAUGCAGGGAUUCCCAAGGAUAAACUGGCUUUGCUGGCCAUACCUCUCGUCCCCCUGCAACUUAUCCUGCCACUGGCAGUGGGUCGCUACACCAAUGGUCCUCGACCCAUGGACAUUUACCUGAAGGCUAUACCGUAUCGAAUUCUCAUGGCCUUGGUGAUCACUUGCCUUACUUAUGCCACGCCCUACAUCAUCCAGGGCGGCUCUGUGCCAGUUUACUACUACGUUUUGUUGGUGGUCAACUAUGCCUGCUACCAGGUUUUCCUGUACUCCAUGUUUGUGGCCGCCAUGGCCUUUUUUGCCAAGAUCUCGGACCCAGCGGUGGGCGGCACGUACAUGACAUUCCUUAAUACGCUAUGCAACCUGGGUGGAAUUUGGCCCAAUACUGUGGUGCUCUGGCUGGUGGAUGUGCUCACGUGGAAGCAGUGCUCUAAUAAUCCAAGUAACACCUGCCAGGGCAACGAGGAACAGCAGAGCUGUGAAGCCGCUGAGGGAAAGUGCGAAAUCACCUUCGAUGGUUACUACCUGGAAUCCGCUUUCUGUUUAGUGUACGGCAUUGUGUGGCUUCUCCUAGUCCGCAAGUGGAUAGUCUAUCUACAGGAUCUGCCCGUGCGUUCUUGGCUGGUGGUCAAGCAGAAGAAACAGCGGUAGCAAUUAAUUGUGUGAUCCCGGUGGCUAUCAACAGCUCCCCCAAGCGUAGGUACAAGCUAAUUGUAAGACUAGGAGACCGUUAUUGCAUUCUGUAGGCUAGCGCAAUUGAAAAUUCCCGCCUUUCUUUAUAAAUUCCAAAAGGAAAUAAAAAAUUGAAGCUUUUGAGCGAAA